UGUCUGUUUCUCAAAAUCGUCCAAGAAGUAAACACUUAUUAAUCUCUGACAAAUGAAUCUCAAGCUAGCAGAGUAGGUUUUGGUUGGAUUGAUUUGCCAUUGCAAAGCUCGAUGACAUCUUCUAAGAAGACCUUCCCGUUCUCUUGGAACAAUCUUAGCCGUUGAUUUGUUUCUGACUUCUUCUUCAUCUUUUUCCUCCAAUAAUCGAUCUUCUGAUCAUUCAUCAACAUACAGAGCUGAGAAGUGGAGGAGCGAGCAUGGAAGGGUUCAAAGAAAGACUUUGACUCAAGACGAAUUUCUUCCAUGAAAAAAGCACUUUAGGUACUUCCUAUUAAAGACGAUGAAGCAGAAUCUGAGAUCUUGGUCAUACUCGAAAAACAAGGAAAAAGACGUGAAGGAGGAAAGGUGGUUCUUGAAGAACGGAAGCAAGUUCUUAAAAGAACUUAUCGCUGAUUGUAACGGUAAAUCCAUUCCUAUACGCAGUUUUUCUUCUCACCAGAUCCUUAAAGCCACCAAGAACUUCGAUUCCAGUUGUUUUGUCACCAAAGAAGGGUUCUACAUUUGGUACAAAGGUGAAAUCGAAGAUAGAUCUUACAUGAUCAAGAGAUUCUCCGAGUAUAAAGUUACAGAUUACAGAGAAGGAGAGGUAUACAAAGACAUCGUCUUGUCUGCUCGGAUGAGCAACCACAACAAUUUUCUUAAACUAUUAGGAUGUUGUCUUGAGUUCCCUUAUCCGGUUCUGGUAUUUGAAUUCGCAGAACAUGGAGUUUUAAAUCAUCGAGGAGGUAUUACGGUUAAUGGGGAGGAAUCGUUAUUGCCUUUGAGUUUGAGGUUGAAGAUUGGGAAAGAGAUUGCAAAUGCCUUGGCUUAUCUUCACAUGGCAUUCCCUAAGAUCAUCAUAUAUAGAGAUGUUAAGCCAAUGCACGUUUUCUUGGACAAGAACUGGACCACAAAGCUGUCUGAUUUGUCUUUCUCCAUAUCGCUCGACGAGGGAAAAUCACAAAUAGAAGCUGAAGACGUUGUGGGUACAUACGGGUACCUCGAUCCAUUAUACUUUGCAACAAGGCUUGUGACAGAAUAUACCGAUGUGUACAGCUUUGGAGUCUUAUUGAUGGUUCUUCUCACUGGCAGACCGGUUUACUUCACAGUAUCUGAUGGGUAUCGAGUUGGUAUUCUUGGAUAUGUGAAAGGCUUAUAUGAAAAUGAGAAGCUCAAUGAAGUUAUUGAUCCUAUGAUGAUGAAUGACGACAUUACAAGUGCUCAGAUAUUGCAGGUGGAAGCGUGUGUUGUACUUGCGCUGAGAUGCUGCAAGGAGAGGGAUGAAGACAGACCGAAGAUGAUUCAGGUAGCUAAAGAACUAAAGCUGAUUGAGACAUCAUUUCUGGAAUCCUAGCUAGAGAUCCUCUCUGUUCUUGAAGCUGGACCAGCACCAGCACCAUCCAUCCGUGUAAACAUGUUUCGUCGCUAACAAUUGUUUCUUCUGCUGGGACUCACAGAGCUCACAAGGGAGUGCCAAACAUAUUGAAGUUAACCGGGAAUAAACAUAUAUAUGAUGAGCAUCAAGAAGAAGGUUUUGAAGCGUAAGUACAAAAUCACACUACACUAACAGAAGGUCAAAGUUUUAUGUGUGUUCUCUCUGAGUGAUUUUGUUUUCUGUAUGAAUCUGAAUUCCACACUACAGGAAGAUAUAGUUUUCAGAGUUGGCUUUAUACAGUCCAAGAACAGAUAAUGAGCAAUCACAAUAACUUUCUUAAUCUAUUAGGAUGUCUUCUCGAGUUUCCUUUUCCGGUUCUUGUGUUUGAAUUCGCAGAUAAUGGAGUUUUGAAUCAGAGAGGAGCUAUUGUGGCUAACGGAGAAGAAUUUUUUUGUUUGC